AGAAAAUCGAUUCGAACACGAAGAUGGAGAACUACAUCGUGAAAAACGCGAAUGCACAUGAUCAAUACCAGUAGACACUCACAAUUUAUUGACAAGACAAAUGCUGUCCUGCGAUCAUCCGAAAUAGGGUUACACUUUCGGUCUGGCAGAAACAAAAAACGUGCACACGCGCUUUGCGUGUGGUUUGCGGCCCUUGAAUCGGUGUGACAGAUUAGUCCGAGGACAUCAAAGUACAGAUCUGACUACGUUCAACAGCGAUCAACAAGAAACUGAAACAAACCGAAAUGUGUAGUUGGUUCACAAUUCUCGCAGUAUGUUCUACUAGAGAUCCCAGAUGACAAUGUUUCGGUUUGUCCUUUUGGGUAAGCGGGAGCCGCGGUAUCAUGCGUAACACAUCGUAAACCAGCAAUCCCAAACCCAAUCGAUUUCACAGGUUUCAGCUUCUCCGACAAAGUUGUAGGAGGCUAACGAUUGAUAUCAAGGAAGAACAAGCAUCACUAAAAACAGCUAACAGACACGAACAUCCUCUUUAAUUUCAACACAAACACGAAGCGGAAGCAAGUAAAGCAAGAUAGAGAAUCCAAACUGACUGUAACAGCUCUUCUAUUUUCAACUUCAAGUGAAGUGCCACCUACGAGUAACAUAGCCGUUUAUCUUCGCUUAAAUUAAGUCGGAUUUGUAUGAUUUUUCUAGUCCGUUGUAUACUUCUUCCUUGACUUUCUUGAGUAGCAUCAUAGCGGGUGUAUUUGAUCAUCAUCAAUCAUGGUACUUCCUGUCAGAAACUUCUUCUUGUUGGGUCUGCUUCGCAGCACUGGGGAGUGCUUUGCUGGUGCUACAUUUGGUGGCGUGGAAGCUGAAGCUUCUGUUGCUCGGGCAGGAGGUGGAGCUAGUACGAAUGGAGAAAGACGUGGACCUGAAAAUUCUAUGGAGCCGGCAGGUCAUCGGCACCACGAAGACGAACACCAACAACAUGAUGCUUCUGGUGCCGCAACUCAAGAUAAUGGAGCUCCUGCUGCUGCUCCUUGUUCUCAUGGUCAUGAAUGCGCCUGCCCUGCUGACUCCUCUGCUACUGCUCGCUCCAGCCGCGCACACACGGGUGCUGUGCCUGCGCUAACGGCUGCAACACUGAACGCCGCUGGACUUGGUACUACUGCAGGCACACCAGCAGCACGCGCAGGGGCAGGAAGAAGUCCCCGUAGCAGUUCGAGCUCCAGUUCCAACUCCAGUAGCGAUAGCUACAAUAAUGACCCUUUCCAUGCAGGUGCAAAAUUUAUUUGCACGUCUCCUAAUCCUUAUUUGAGGAAUCGUCCGGUCCGCAAGUGUACGCCAGGCCUGUUUUGUUGCUGUACUGUCGUUGGCAGCGCGGCGGUGUAUGCCGCCUACGAGGUUUUCAGUAAUUUGCCGACGGACCCUGAUGUCGGCGCUACAGGGUGUGGGCGAGAAAGAAACGGUAUAGCCCCAGAACCAAAGUUGCGGAUGCCGGGGCGUGCAAUGGGAAUGGCCCAAAAUACCUCAGGGACCAUGACCAGUGGUGCGGAGCCGUUUUUACAACGCGUCAGUGAAGUGGGCCUGUCGCAGGGUGCGACGCCGACGCGGAGGCGACGUGCAUCAUCUCGUCCUGGUCGGCCGUCAUCUACUGCAGCAUCUCGUCCUGGUCGUCCUGGUCGGCCAAAGGUGAAGGAACCACGAGGACAGCAAGACAACAUAGACAUAGUCUAGCGCUAUCAUGUGAUGGACCGGCUCAUGGAUUGAGUUUAAUCAAAGUGGUCACUUUCCAAGUUCAUUUGUGCCUCUGAGUCUGAGUUCGUUCUCGUUGUACCAUUCAGUGUUGAACUGUCAGUACGAAAAGCAAGCUUUCGAGUUAAGGCGCGAAGUGUGAAAGCACUUGUACAGUUCUACCCUCUUGAGAGACCUAGGAGCUUGAGGCUUUUGGCUUUGGCCUUUUGGUUUUUCUUGCACUUCGCUUUCCAGUAACUCUAGAAGUGUGAAGAGAAAGCAAGCCUUUCAAGGGAAUUGCCACGAUUUCACGACUACAUAGACACAAAUCCACAGCAUGCAAUAGCUGUGUCAGUUAGCUUUUUCUACGAUGCCGCCAUUAUCGCGGUGAAUAUUUGGAAAGCGACAGACGUUGAACGGUCCGGAUUUUUUUAACAGUAUGCGCAUGCACUCCAUGGUAUGCAUGAUGAGAAGACAAAAAUCUAGAUCGCUGCAAUUUUAUGACAAGGUGAUAGAAGUUGUGCUUACUCUUGUCUCUCUAGAAAAUAGUCACUGUUUUCUCAAUCCUGGGUCCCAGGAAAAAAGAAACACUCACAGUGGAGGUGAUGCAAUGAAGAAAAAAAAGAAACACUG